AUGCAGUCCGGAAUCUCAGCCUCUCAGGAGCUGCAGGACCAGUUCAACUCGCUGCUGUCGUCGGACGAUACCUUUGGUCUCCUCGCAACCAUCGAGAAAGAGGCUCUGGUCCCCGUUGCUACGAUCCCUUCAAAGUCAAGCUCAUUCUCCGAUAACCUCUCUGGCCUCGAGCCUCACCUCAAGCCUGAUGCCGCUCUCUACAUUAUCCUCCGUCGCUAUGACACCGCUCCUCGAUUCCUAGCCAUUACCUACGUCCCCGAUUCGGCAAAGGUGCGCCAAAAGAUGCUAUUCGCCUCAACACGCUUGACCUUUGUGCGUGAGCUGGGAACAGAACAUUUCAGAGAGACCAUCUUUGCUACGACAGCCGAGGAAUUGAGCGUGAAGGGCUUCGAGAAGCACGAUGCGCAUAAUAAGCUGGAUGCACCGCUCACCGAAGAGGAGCAGCAAUUGGGCGAGGUUAAGCGUGCGGAGCAGGAGGCGGGAUCAGGAACAGGCCACAAGGAGAUCCAUCUGAGCAAGAACUUUGCUAUGCCCAUCUCCGAAGACGCCGUUGCUGCUCUGAAGGAAGUCGGCCAGGACGGAGGCCGAAUCGUGACGAUGCUGAAAAUCAACCCCGAUACCGAGGUGGUGGAGCUCGUCCCCGAGGCACCCACUCCAAGUGGGAUUGCAGAACUGGCGCAGGCCAUCUCCUCAAGUGAGCCGCGGUUCACCUUCUACCGCUACACUCACACGCACAACGGCGCCGAAUCAAGCCCCAUCCUGUUCUUCUACACCUGCCCGUCAACACCCGGAAACAAGUCCAUCAAGUUCCGAAUGAUGUACCCCCUGAUGAAGCGAUCCGUGCUGGAGGUCGCUGAGCGGGAGGCUGGUCUUAAGCUUGAGAAGAAGUUUGAGGUGGAGGAGCCUAGUGAGAUUACCGAGCAGUCGGUUUUGGAGGAUUUGCAUCCCAAGGUUGCGGCCCGACAGGGCUUUAGCCGACCCAAGCGACCUGGUCGAUGA